CUUUCAGGUUGUGGAAAGAAGGGCCUAAACCUUGUCUUUCCCGUGUCCUUCCCUUCCAAUGCCUUCCCCUCCCCCCCCUCCCAGGUUGAUGGAGCCAGAGUUCUGCUACGGGAAUGACUCGUGUGUGAGGACGGUCUACCCUGUCACUGUCCGCACAGCCCUCUAUGUGGUUCUGGGGUCUGCGGUGGUCCUCACGAUGCUGGGUAACCUCUUCGUGAUCGUGGCCAUCGCUCACUUCAAACAACUCCACACACCUCCAAACUACCUGACCCUCUCCCUGGCCGUAACUGACCUCCUCCUGGGGGUUCUGGUCAUGUUCCCUGGCAUGAUUGAGUCCGUUGAGAACUGUUGGUACUUUGGGGAGAUGUACUGCAAGCUCUACAACAGUUCAGCAGUCUUGCUGUGCACCGCAUCCAUCUUGAACCUGUCCUUUAUAUCCAUCGACCGCUAUUAUGCCGUGUGCCACCCUAUGCUCUACCCCCGUAAGAUAACGGUUCACACGGCAGUCGUCAUGAUCCUGGUCACAUGGUGUGUCUCGGCUGCGGUCGGGUUCGGGAUGUUCUUCAAGAAGCUGAAUAUAUCAGGAAUUGAGAUGCAUGACAACAAUGUAGUGUGUGAAGGAAGGUGCUUUUUGUUUCAGACUUUGAUGACGAGCACCGUGUCAUCCACGUUCUCCUUCUAUCUUCCCGGGGUCAUCAUGCUGGGCAUCUACCUGAAGAUCUUCAUGGUGGCCCAGAGACAAGUGCGCACCAUAGGCCUACAGAACACCAGCUCCUCCAAGGUGGACAAGCACCAGAGGAAAGCCACCAAAACACUGGCCUUCAUCAUGGGCGUGUUUCUGUCCUUCUGGAUGCCAUUUUUCAUCUGUAACAUCAUCGACCCCUUCAUCGGCUACUCCAUUCCCCCUGCCAUGUUUGACGCACUAAAGUGGCUGGGGUUUCUGAAUUCCACCAUCAAUCCGUUUGUGUAUGCCUUCUUUUACAGCUGGUUCAGGAAGGCGUUUCAAAUAAUAAUUUCCGGUAGGAUCUUUCGGUCUGACAUGUCGGACACAAAACUGUUUGCAGAGUGA